UUCGAUGGCGGUCACUGUUUCCCCUGGUAUUUAUUAGUAUGAGACACCGCGUGUCAUGUGACCUCCAUUAUUAGUAAACACAGGUGAGCUCCAGCAGAGUGCGAUCACAGACUGUGAUUACAGACUGUGAUUACAGACUGUGAGCACAGACUGUAGAGUCUGACGUCUGUGUCUGCGGAAGCGUCUCGAGCCGCUCGGUUAGCCUCCAGCUAACUGUGUGUUUAAUGUAGCCGUUAGCUCGGUGGCUAGCCUGGACUCGUUCGUCAUCAUGGAGCCGACAGGCAGCGUUAACGCAGACCCUGCUCGGGAGGACGGUCGUUGCACACAAUGGCGCAACUGGUCUGGGUUUUGGCUGCUUGGAUUGUGCAACAACUUUGGUUAUGUGGUCAUGCUGAGCGCUGCACACGACAUCCUCAAGAGACAAGAGUCUCAAAACACCACAGCAUCUACAGAAGCCACAUUGGCCGUGGGUUUCCAAGGUGGGAACAGUAGCAACAGUAGCCGUUAUGACUGCAAUCCUGUCUCUACUGCGGCGGUGCUUUUGGCUGACAUCCUCCCAACGCUCAUCAUCAAGCUUUCUGUUCCUUUUGUCAUCCACAAUAUGCCUUAUGGUAUCCGAGUGUUGUUCUGUGUCGUCAUGGCAGCGACGAGUUUCCUCCUUGUGUCCUUAUCGUCUGCCGUCUGGAUCAGCAUCCUUGGAGUGAUCUUUGCCAGUAUCAGCGCUGGACUGGGAGAACUGUCCUUCCUCUCUCUCACUGUCUUCUUCACCAGGGACGUGCUGGGAGGUUGGGGGUCAGGUACAGGUGGUGCUGGUGUUGCCGGAGCCUUCCUCUACUCAGCCCUCACCCAGGUUGGCCUGUCACCUCAGCUCACACUUCAAAUUAUGCUGGUGGUCCCAUUUGCUAUGUUGAUCAGCUAUUUCUUCCUACUGGUUCCUCCACCGUCAUUACCUCAGUGGAAAUCCAGAAGGACAGAGUAUGCAGCCGUGGGCUCAGAGGAGAGCCAGGGGCUGAUGGAUGGUGCAGAAGAAGAGGAGCAG